GUCGAGCCGGAGUCGAGAUUACCGACCGGCCCUCCCUCGCAUUUCUCAUCGGCCUCUUCCCCCUUCGUUCACUCCCUCUCGCUCGCCUCCAGCAUCGCCGGCCGAGAUCAAGAUGGGCUCCGACACCAAGACCGCCGCCGCCGCCAACGAACCUGUCGCCAUCUACCGAUGGGACAACAUCGACUGGCUCCAUACGCCUCUGCUGAUUAGCACGCCUCUGCUGGCGCUCUACGGCCUGGCGACUAUCCCCAUGCUGUGGCAGACGGCUGUCUGGUCGGUCAUCUACUACUACAUCACUGGCCUGGGCAUCACUGCUGGCUACCAUCGCUACUGGGCCCAUCGCUCCUAUGAUGCCUCGCUGCCCUUCCAGCUCUUCCUCUCCUUUGCCGGCGCCGGUGCCUUCGAGGGCUCCAUCCGCUGGUGGUCCCGUGGCCACCGCGCCCAUCACCGAUACACCGACACCUCCAAGGACCCUUACAACUCCCGCAAGGGCCUCCUGUGGUCUCACAUCGGUUGGAUGAUCAUGAAGCAGGAUUCGAGCUGUGUGGGUCGGGUCGACAUCUCGGAUCUGAACAAGGACCCGAUUGUGAUGUGGCAGCACAAGAACUACCUCCCCUUUGCUCUCUUUGCUGCCUUCGUCUUCCCCUCGCUCGUUGCCGGUCUCUUCUGGGGUGACUUUAUUGGCGGAUUCUUCUUUGCCGGCGUUGCCCGCCUCGUCUUCGUCCACCAUGCCACCUUCUGCGUCAACUCGCUGGCCCACUAUCUCGGUGAUCACAGCUUCGAUGACAAGCACACCCCUCGCGAUCACUUCGUCACUGCCCUCGUCACCCUUGGUGAGGGCUAUCACAACUUCCACCACGAGUUCCCCUCCGACUACAGAAACGCCAUCAAGUUCUGGCAAUAUGACCCCACCAAGUGGGUCAUCUUUGUGAGCUCCCUCGUUGGCCUGACCUACAACCUGAAGAUGUUCCCCGAGAACGAGAUCCAGAAGGGCCGUCUCCAGAUGCAGGAGAAGGUCAUCGCCGCCGCCAAGAAGAGACUCAACUGGGGUGUCCCUGUCGAGCAGCUCCCCUCUCUCUCUUGGGACGAAUUCCAAAGCGAAGUCCAGGCUGGCAAACCCCUCCUGAUCAUCGACCACGUUGUCUACAACGUCGACAAGUUCAUGGACGACCAUCCCGGUGGCAAGGGCUUCCUCAAGGCGUCGAUCGGCCGCGAUGUGACCCAGUCGUUCAACGGCGGCAUCUAUGACCACUCGAAUGCCUCCCGCAACCUCAGCUCGAGCAUGCGUUACGCCAAGCUUGAGGGACCCAUCCCCGAGAGCUUCAUCGCCCGAGAGGAGUAGAACCAGACUGACUACGAUCAAAUGGGUCUCUAUCGAAGCCAACAUUUCUUGAUGGCAUCUGGAUUCUCCGUUUGCUCGGUCGCUGCAAAACCCCUCCCCUCCUGCUGGAGAGAGCGGCAUCCUCCUCCACCCGCCAUCCUCUUCCUUUUUUGCUAUCCAUAAUAUACUCCUACCAAGAGCACCAUCACCAACUUGCGCUGCAGCCGCUGCAGUUGCUGGCCCGUGGUUGUUCCUCCAACAGACUCUCCCGUUUGAAUCCUCAUUCCUUUCCUAACACGAUGUUCUAUUCAUCUCAU